AUUUUAAGAUUAUAUUAAAAAAUAGUAGAUGUUAUAUUGUAAUCGCUUACGAUUUUAGCAACUCAACUCCUAAAAAAUCAUGCUGUGUCCCGAAGUAUUGAAUUUUCCACCGCCAAAGGUUAUAACGAGUCACAAAACAUAUGCCUGCAUCUGUUGAAGAAGUGUUAUUAGAAGAUAAUGAAUACUACCGAAUUUCCAACUGCUCGCUAACAGAGUUCUUGGAGCCCACAUUCAUUGAAAGUUUUGUAAAGAAUGGUGAUGUUUAUUGUCUAUCCGAUAGAAAUUGUAUAAUACAAAACUGUGCCGCUGUAACUCCAAAUGGCGUUUUAACUCUACAUAUUCUGGAAUUUAUCUAUCAAACCUUAGGAUUAGAAGGAACAAAGCGACCUCAUAACUAUUAUGAAGUCAGCAUAGAUUUAAAAAAAUUAAGACAUACUGAUAAGUUGCGCAAUUCUUUAAAAAAACUAGAAUAUUUUGAUUUUUAUAUAAGUUGGGAGCCGAGGAAUGGAGAUAUUUGUCCAUCUUCAAUAGCAAAAUAUUUCAAUGAUAGAAAUAUAACUGUAACACUAUGCACACUAAAUGUGAAAAAAGUAACACCAACCAUUUGUGAAAUUCCUACUGUACAUGACACAGAUGUAGAGGAGAUGGUGGAAUGGGUUGGUCUGUUAGCACAUAAUGUUGAUUUUUCAGAAACUGAAAACUACAUCAGCACAUAUUCUCCACCUAUAAGUGAGAAUUCUCUAAAAUCAACUCGAAUUUCUGUUCUUAUCGUCAAGGGAUUAUUUACUCCAACAACUAUAGUAAAAGCAUGUAAGAAUCUAUCAGAGUAUGUUGCAUCCAGAGACUUGGAAAACUACUGGACAUCUAUCAGUGUCCAGAGCUGGGAAGACAGUCCGUGGAGAUGGAAUGUGGGGAGUCCAAUGAUGUUUCAAUCGCAUGAUUCAACUUGCAAUAUUUUCUUCACUCACUCUCAAAAUAUAUUGUACUCUGUUGGACAAUUAAAAUAUUCAUAACAAAAUAAUCCUCUACUUGUUACUUCUGUCUAUUAAUUUUAUGGUUGAAGAUAUCAGCCAAAAACUCAUAUUUUGAUGUACUUAGACUAAAUUUGUAAAAAUAAUUUUUUAAUAGAUGCAUAUAGCUAUGAAA